AUGGCCAUGCUCUGCACCGCCUCCGCUCUGCCCCACGCCGCCCGCGGCGAUGCUGAAGCAGCCGGGUGGGCUCUCAAGAACUACGGGGCAGUGUUAAUCAAGACGACGGGUCAAGUUGUCAGUGCCGACGAAUUCAAACAGCUUGCCGUGGCUGCGUGGCAGGCGGCAGGACACCCAAGUUCCACCCAAGAGUAUAACGGGCCGGGAUCCGUGAACCGAGCCGAGAUUUAUGAGGGCGUCUACGACGUAAAUGCAGGGAGGACCAACACUAUGCCAGUGCCGCCGCACAGCGAGCAGUCGUACUUGUUCCUGGUUCCGCGCUUUGUGGCGUUCUCCUGUUGGGAGCAGGCGAAAAGUGGAGGGCACCUCGAGCUCUUCGACAAUGCGAAGAUCGUUCAGGCACUUCCCGACUUCACCGCCAAGCUCCGGGCCUACAACGUGACCUACCAGCGCGUCCUGGGCGACAGGACCAAGGGCAACUGGAGCUACGCCACGGGGCACUGGCAGACGAAGUAUGGGACCUCCAGCUUCGCGGAGGCUCAGAAGAAGGCCGCGGAGGACACCAUCUUGGGAGGCCCGGCUGGGUCGACGCUGAAGCCGCACCUCCAGGACACCGCUCUCAUGGAGUGGACGGUCCCUGCCGUCUCGGACGGCUACAUGCUGAACGCCAUCCUGGACAAUCAGAGAUCUUUCAACGAGAACGACGGCCUGGCACCCUUCCAUUCUCAAUUCGGGAAUGGGGAGGAGUUCUCUUCGAAAGACUUGGAGGCCUUGAGGCGCAGCACCCAAGAGGCGCUAACGCACCAGAUCCUCAUGGAGCCCGGCGAUGUGGUCGUCCUCGACAACUGGCGAUGGGCACACGGACGGCAGCCUUAUGAAGGCAAGCGGGUGCAUGGUUCGGUGAUCUCGGACCGGCGACCCGUGCACGGAAUUUUUUAA